AUGGAACUCAACCUGGAAACGACAGGUUUGAUGGCAUUGCUCCGAAUAGCUGCCGUUCUUGAGCGUGGCGAAGGCGACACCAAAUUCUAUUACAGGCAAUACAUCCUCUUCCAGGUCUGGACCGCCGCUUUGGGCAGAGCAAUGCGAGAGAUAGGAAAGCUCAGAGAUGCCGACCCAGAUAACAAGUCCAGCAUUUUUAUGUUUGCGCUGGCUGCGUUGUAUUUCGCCGGUGAGCUUGGUCGCUACCAUGAACUGAACAGAGAACCAGAGAGUGAGCUUGACCAAGAGGCAAAGUACAGACCAGUGAUUUUUAAUCUCGCCAUGUCGGCGAUGGUUCUUAUGCCAGAAAGCGUCAAGGAAGCGGCAAACGCAAAGGGGCUAUCGCCUAGGCAAAGGUUUAAAGCACUUGCAUCAAUGGCUAGGGACAAUGAUGACUUCCGAUACUCGAUUCGUAGCCACAUCAUUGACGACAUCUUUCAAGAUAUCGCAAAUCCGUUUGACAUUACCUCGCCCCAGGUGUCAGAAACGACCGAAACGGCAUCAAUUGAGGCUGACGUGAUCACCAUGCUAUCUUUCUCAGCAGAAGUCGGACAACAAAUCAGACUCUCCGAUGCGGCUGUCGAAGCUGAGGAGAAAAAGGACUGGACCGAGACCGAUACGUUGCUUGAUAAGUUACUGGCGUUGGAGAUCAAUUCCAAAGAAAGUGGUUACAGAAGUAGGAUCGAAGCAAUCCGUCAGAAGAAGAGGAUUGCAGAACAGCAAAUGAAUAACGAUAAAGCGUCUCAACUAGCGGAAGAGCUUGCUGAACUCGAACGAAUUGUGGUUGAGGAGGAGGCUAAUGAUACUGAAGAUACUGACGAGACUGAGGAAGAAGAUGGAGAAACCUAG